UCCUCUUAUAUUACUCUAUUAUUAUAAACUAUUCCACACGCCUAUCUUUCAUACUAGGAUCCUUUACCACAUCCACCACUAUGCCUCAGUCUUCCUCUGUCGCUGGGAAAGAAUGCCUUCGCGAGAUAAUUAAUAUCAACAUAGAGGUGCCCGAGGCUGUAAGCCCAGCCACGUUAAAAACAGCCCAGAACCUGUUAAGCCGCUUGGAGAGAGAUAGCAUUGAAACAGACCAGGAACAUACUAUUUCUCUGGCAAAUGAGAUAAGACGUCGUGUUUCUAAGGCGACAAGACGUCUCUCUGCAGAGGCUAGGUAUACAGAGGCCAGCGCAAGCCUUGCAGAGAUGGAAGUUUUGAAAUUCCGUCUCCAUUAUGGUGAUUAUAUAGCUGCGUUUCUCCGAGAGCUCCAGGGCAACUCUCGGCAUCUGCAGGCCAGGGGCACUGCUGGUACUGCAGGUCCUGAUACCUCAACGACGGUGGACAAGGAGGCGCUCGCUUUCUUCAAAAACGCCAAAUGGACAGCGAUCCAUGAGCGCCUUGCCUGUGAAUAGGAUCGCAAAGGCACGGCAGGGGGCAGGACUGUUCCUGAUAUUACAGACACACCUCUUAUCCACCUGAUCGAAACACUUGGGAGCCUGACUAGUAUAAGUGCCGCGCAAAUCACGGCCUUGAUCUCUGCAUACACCGCAAGAAACGCCAUGGCACAUGGACCCCUCGCUU